UUGCAACUCAUAUAUUUACUAUUUAGUGCAAUAAAGAAUGCAAAAACAAUCAAAAAUUUAAUUAGGUAGUCAAUACGUAGUAUUAUUCUGUUUUAACCAAACACUGUAGUUUUACGUAUAUUCAUCUUUCAUCAACCUAUAACACUUAAACAUUAAAACUUUGUGUUAAAAAUACUUCGUUAUAUGUACCUACUAACAUUUUAUAUAGGUCUACAAUAAGAAGUGCCUUAGGCUGAUGUUAGGUAAAUUUAAAUUAAUAGAAAAAUAGAAACAGCUAAGUUAUAACAUGGCAAUCUGAAAAGAUUAAGAAUAUUAUACACAUUGGAUGGACCGAAAAAACGGUUAAAAUUCAGAAAUAUUUUCUUAACGCUAUGCAAAUCGAUUUCACGGUAAUCUUUAUCAUUUAUAAUAAAGGCAGUAUAAAUAAUUAAAUUAUAUAAAUACGAUAUUAAAAUACAAGUGUUCUCGUCCAAAACACUACAAUUAAAAAUGUUUAGAAUCAAUACGUUGAAAAUUUAGCAUUCAAGAAACUUUACCAAAAUCUUAAAUUUUUGAAGCGAAAUUAAACCUGUUUUACUUAGAUUCUCCAAAAAUAUGAAAAUGCUUUUAGAAUUUAGUUUUAUAAUAAACAUGUGUAAAUGUAUUUACUGGUUUUUAUUUAAUAUCUCAUACCUGCAAGGUAAUUAUGAUAAAAGUCGUCAUAGCAAAUAAACAUAAAACAGCACAAAUUUAUGUUUAAAUGGUUUUGAUGUUUUUGGAUGAUUUGAAUAUAUCAUCAUGGAUCAAGAACCAUCAAAUAAUAAAAGCAAAUAUAUUGAAUUUAUCUUUUUUUUGGACUGUAUCAACAAUUUAGAGGCUUCUUUGAAUUUUCCUAUAAAUUUCAAUGUAUAUUUUGAGUUUCAUGGCAAUUUAUUGAGUGUAGGAGAUGUUAUCAUUACUCUGAUGGAUACUGAUGGAAAAAUUGAUUUAGAAGUUUCUUUGAGUUUCCCAUUGGACGAAAUUGUGGAAUACAAGUUUGCCUCUCAUCCCAUGCUAAUUUAUUUUGAAUCACUGAAUGAAGUUGAACAAAUCUCUCUAAAAUCAACGAGCAAUAAUAAAAACGAUAUUAAACAAACAUGGGUCUGCAUAGUGGACUUGUUGCCAUUAGUGUAUGGUGAUACUAGUGAUGAAGUGGAAACAAGUGUCAAGGUAUGCGGACAGUACCCGUUGAAGGCGAUCGGCGAGCGCAAUCAAAAUUUGCUGUCGGACGCGGCGUACUUGAACGCGGCUUUAUCGUGUCCGACCAGACUGAAUCGGAUUGGAUUGACGACGCCAAACAACGUUCUAAACAUCGCUAUGCACGGCCUGUAUAAUCCGUCGUUGAGCGGCCGUCGACGUCAAAGUCGCGGAUCGGACACCACGUGUUCGGCCAUACUGCACGUGCCCUCGGCAAUCGACUCGGAAAUCCAUAGCUCUAUAUUUGAGCGUGGCACGUUCACGGACGUAACGAGGGACGUAAACGAUCUGCGAUGGUUCAGCUUGGAUAACAUGCCGGCAACCGUAUCCACCACGGGCCAGAGGUUCGAGGAAUACAGUGGCAUAGUGGUAAAUUCGGCAAAAAUUCCCAAACCAAAAAACGUACUGUUCAAAGGACCCAGAUUCGAAUGGAAUCUAUGGAACCGAUUUCUCAUGAACGAAAUAUCAUCAUAUGCAUUACAAGAAUUUAUUUUCAAACAAAGAUAUCUACUUGUCACAUUUUUAUUUAACGAAAACAACCACAUAAUGAUUAACAAUACUAGAAAAACGCCUUCUCGGGAUUCAAAUAUGAGCGUCAACAAUGAAGUAAUAUUUGUAGCUUUUUUGGACUUGUCGAUGUUAUUACAACCAAAUUGCACUUCAAUAAGAUGUUUGUCCACUGUUCAUAGUAUUGACGUAGAAAUUGUAAAACAUAACGAAUUGUCAUUCAAAAAUUUUGACCUUGGUAAACUUAUAAAGACAAAUAUCGAAGAAGAUUUGAAAAAGUCUAGAACAACAGUGCUAGACGCGUCUGACAAUGAAGGGGUAUCCACUCAAAUGUCAACCGAAUGGACAUUUCCUUUUGUAGUUGUUGACAUUUCCGUGAAUUAUUCGCUUUACGAUCAGUAUUUAAAAUAUUUAACAUCAAGACAGAUCGCUCUGAUGCAGAUGAAUAUUAUUUCCGAAAGCCCACAAGCUGUAAUAUGUAAUCGGCCUAAGUUAAAUAAGUAUCAAGAUAUAUUAAAAACCAUUAUAGAAAUGUUGAUAAAUAACUUGGAGAGAAUUAAUGAUCAAUAUAGUGUAGAUGUAGAAAGAUACGUUCAAGAACUUCGAAUUUCUGAGACCUACGAGUCAAUGUAUUCGUUGUUGUUUGGCGAAAUCCAGCUGUAUAUUCGAGAAAACUAUGAAAGUCCUAUGAUCGGUGAAACGAUUCAGAGUUUCGUAAAUCGUAUUUUCACGGAUUUGGUGAAUAAAAUGAAAAAGGCAGUAGAAUCAUUUGAGUUUCCGCAAUCUGGUAGUGUUGAUAGCAUACAAUUUGAACGUGUGAUCGUUUACGCCAGAGAAGCGGACGAGAUGGAACAAGCGGAACGCGCCAAAAUAUUUUACUUUGACUUAAACUCUACAGCUGGUGCAAGGUGUAACCCGAACUACUGGUUAUUGUAUGCUAGUUUAUGCUCAAGGCGACUAGAUUUCGAUACGGCUUUGGAGUAUGUCAAAGAAGUGUUACUAGUCGACAGUGGCAACCGAAUCGGAUUAUUUUUAUAUGCUGCAAUACAGUUGAUCAUUCACGAGGACAACAACAAUGGCGAAAUCGUGUUGAAAUCUUUGAUAAUGAGUCACGGAGACUUCAGCGAAGUGUACGCCUUGCUCAGUGUUCACUAUUCAAGAUUGAACAUGUAUGAAUCCAGCUACAUCAUGCUGCAAAGGGCUGAAAGGUGUGUUAAAGUAGACACAUUUGAAAAUAAUAGUCUCAUUUGUGAAAAUCUUUUGAGUUGGACACCAAUAAGUCAUGAAAACGAUCCGUUGAUUAAGUGUACAAUUUUACUAUUAGAACUCGAAUUAGUACAAUUGGCGAAAUAUUGUUUAAAAUGUGUAAAAAAUCAAAGUGAGCAAUACCAUUAUUACAUGGCAGUAUGUGAAUACAAAAAAGGAAAUCAUUUAGCAAGUUUAGAACAUUUGAAAAAUCAUAAAUUGAUGGAAAAAUAUAAAGUUACUGACGCAUUAAAAUUUCUUAACGAUAUAGAGUUAAACGAACAACUUGAUAUUUUUGAAAAUGACUUGCUACACAUAAUAUAUUCAGAACCACCUAGCAAAGAACUACAUUUAAUAUAUUUAAAAGGAGCUAUACAUUGCUAUAAAAAUGAAUGGUAUGUCAAAGGAGCGGAAAUUUGUCAAAUUGCUUGCACUGUAUUACGCACGCCAAUGAUACUCACAUUGUUAGCCAAAUGUUUAAUACAAAUUAGUGAAUUUGAAACAGCCGAGAGCGCACUAAACGAAGCAAACGUUAUGGACAUAAAGAACGAGGAAGUGUGGGCAUACUUGACGGUGGUAAACAUUAAAAUGGGAAAUGUCAGUGAAGCGAAAGUGUGUUACAUACGAGCACUUGAAUGUGGACUACAAACAGAAAUGAAAAACGAAAUAAAUAAAUUAUUUGGAAAGGAGUUGGAUAUACUUAUAUAAUUAAAAAAAAACAAAUUAACAUAUAUUUUAUUUAUAAUACAUUAUUUACUUUAUUGCUGGCAA